AUGUUUAUUCAAUGGCACCCAGAUGUCCCCUCCCCACAAAUUAUCUCACCUAACCUAUCCCCCUCACCCACUUGUCUUUCUUCUCUUCCCACUUGCAGUGUCUGCUGUCCACAUCUCUUCACUGAGCUGCCUACUGGGGGCAUGGCACUGCCCACAACCCACGACCUGGGCCUGGGUACAUGGAACCUUAACUCCCAGGAGUCCCACAGGGUUCUGGCACACUGCGCGGGUGGCCAGAAGCUGCCCGAGUACAAGGCAGUGGUGGUGGGUGCAAGUGGUGUGGGCAAGAGUGCGCUGACCAUCCAGCUGAACCACCAGUGCUUUGUGGAGGACCAUGACCCCACGAUCCAGGAUUCCUACUGGAAAAAGAUGGCCCUCAGCUGUGGGGACUGCAUCCUGAAUGUGUUGGACACAGCAGGGCAGGCAACUCACAGGGCCCUUCGUGACCAAUGCGUGGCUAUCGGUGAUGGUGUGCUGGGUGUCUUCGCCCUUGAUGACCCCUCCUCUCUGGCCCAGUUGCAGCAAAUACGGGCCACCUGGGGCCCUCACCACACCCAGCCCCUCGUCCUGGUGGGCAACAAGUGUGACCUCGUGACCACCACUGGAGAUGCUCAUGUUGCUGCUGCAGCUCUCGCCAAGAGCUGGGGGGCCCCCUUCGUGCAGACCUCGGCCAAGACACGCCAAGGUGUAGAGGAGGCCUUUUCUCUACUUGUCCAUGAGAUCCAGAGGGUCCAGGAGGCCAUGGCAAAGGAGGCCAUGGAAGGAGCAGGUGGGCAUAAGGCCCGGCACCAGAAGGCCAUGUGCCACUGUGGCUGCUCUGUGGCUUAA